GACAGGAGACGAGAGGAGAGGAGGGGAGAGGAAAGUAGAGCAGAGGGUCGAGAGGUGAAGUGUCGAGAGGAGGAGGAGGAGGCGAGCGAUAUCCGUUGCUCUGGCAUCUCAUCAUCUCCGAGACUCGAGACUCGAAGCGCGAUUGUCGUCCGUCGGGGUCAGCGCGAGCGCAUUUGCUAAUUUCUGCAGCGUUUGGAAGCAUGGAGGCACUGGCGGUGAAGACGCCGGUGCCCGUGGUGGCGUCGCGCGGACUGUCACAAGGCUGCUCGUCGACAUCCGGACUCGCCUCGCUCGAAUUGUGCCCGAGGUUUUGUAAAUUGGCUGGGUUUAGGGCGGAGCAGAAAUGGAGUCAGACGAGGAAGAUUGCAAGGUCCCGCGUUGUUGCGAGCUUGCCUGGGCUCGAUACCCGGAGUUUUUACGCGCCCGAGGCUCCGAGAUUGAUGGAUUUGGACCCUACUACGAAUCUUUUGCAGCAAAGGAUCAUCUUUCUGGGUUCUCAGGUUGAAGAUAUGACUGCCGAUAUUAUCAUUAGCCAGAUGUUGUUGUUGGACGCACAAGAUCCUACGAAGGAUAUCAAAUUGUUCAUCAAUUCCCCUGGUGGAUCAGUAACUGCAGGUAUGGGAAUAUAUGACGCUAUGAAGCUCUGUAGAGCCGAUGUGUCGACCACCUGCUUCGGCCUAGCAGCGUCCAUGGGCGCCUUCCUGCUGGCUGCUGGUGCUAAAGGAAAACGUUACUGCAUGCCAAAUGCGAGGAUUAUGAUUCAUCAACCCCUAGGAGGUGCAGGAGGAUCGGCCAUCGAUGUUGGACUACAAGUUAGGGAGAUGAUGUACCACAAGAGAAAGAUGUGCAAAAUCAUGUCUCGCCUCACGGGAAACUCUGAGGAGAAGAUUGAGGAAGAUACUGAUCGUGAUUACUUCAUGAAUGCUUGGGAAGCCAAGGAGUACGGAUUGGUGGAUGUGGUGAUAGAUGACGGGAAGCCCGGCCUUGUAGCUCCUUUAGGAGAAGUCAAGGAGCCCCCGAAGUCACGAGUUUGGGAUAUGUGGACAGUGAAAGAAGGCAAAGCCCGAAAGGAAUUGCCCACAGAAGAAAUAUAUGAAAAGUCAAGUUCAGAUGUUUCAGAACCCGUGGAAAGUACGUAGCCUAGACUUACGAUUUACUUGUACCAAAGAAAAUAUAUUUUAUUCGAAUUGUUCAAUCGUCCUUUGAGCGCUCUUUACAUCCUUGUGUUCAUUGGCAAGACUGCAGCUGUUUAUGUGUCGUAAAGAAAGUUGUACUACGUGUGUAUCAACAUGUCAGAUAUGCGGUCUGGACUUGAAACGAUCUGGUAAAUAUUGGAUAAAC